AUGUCGUCCAACAACACCUCGGCCAGUGUCUCCAUCGAUAAGUUCGAUGGGGACAACUACUCAACCUGGUGUCGCUACAUGCGCGGCGUGUUUCUGACGAAGUCAGUCUGGUACGUCGUGAACCGCGAAACGUCUCCAACCUUCACCGACACGCGAGCUUCCGACGAGUACGUCAAGGCGAGCAACAUCGCGUUCGGGUUGAUGUUGCUCCACAUGGACGCCGACUACCACCAUGUGGUCGACAACUGUGAACAAGCAUGGACAGCGUGGUCGCGGUUGAAGAUGCUCUAUGGUGGGUCGCAGAAGGCGGGACGCAUCUACCUCAAGCGCCAGCUGUUCAGCAUCAAGAUGGCGGAAGGUGCCAACGUCUUGCACCAUUGCAACGAAGUCUUGAACAUCGGCGCCAAGCUCAGCAGCAUCGGUGCCAAGAUGGAAGACGAAGACGUUGCGAUCUGCUUGCUGCUCAGUCUCCCGAAGAGUUUUGAGAACGUGGUUCUGAACUUGGAGAUGAGCAAUGCAGAGCUGCGCACGCAAGAUGUGGUCAAGGUGCUGACUAACGAGCACAUCAAGCGACAAGGCGAGAAAGAUGACAACGGCAACGACAACGGUGAAGACUGA